UAGUAAAACCUUGACAUGUUUUCGAGUUUGUAUUCUUGGAAACGUCUGUCAGGUGUCGGUAGUCAUUUGAGUGGGAUAAUUAAACGACAGCUGCUGCCGGCGAACGUAGUACAAAAAGCGGGAUAUAGAAGGAGAAGAGUUCCGUUAUAUCGUGCCUUCUCCUCCUCUUCCUCCCGCGCCACCAUCGCCGAACGAAAUUACGGUAUCCGCAUAGGCAGCGCGUUUGCGGCGUUUCAAUCGGUUGCUGUGUCAGUGGGACGACGACGUCUACAACUUGGCGGCGGCGACGGCGUAAACGUGAAAGGUUUUACAGUUAGUUUUAGUGGUUCGUCGAGUGCUAAAAAGACAAAGAUCGAAGAAAUAAUGCCGGAGGUAGUACCGUACCAGCGUCUACCAACGUCGGUGUUGCCUAAACACUAUCAGCUCACAUUGACACCCGAUUUUACGACGUUCACUUUCAAAGGAGAGGUCUCGGUCGAAAUUCAGAUUGUAAAAGAGACGGACAAGAUCGUACUUAACGCCCUAGAUUUGGCUGUGCAAUCGGCAAAUUUAAAAGAAGCGCACACUAAGCAUGUACCUUCCAAAAUAUCCGUACUGCCCGAAACGGAAACCGCCGAAUUUGCGUUUUCGCAACCGAUUCCGCCAGGCGACUACACCUUGAACAUUCAAUUUACGGGGGAGGUGAACGAUAAGAUGAAGGGCCUCUACCGGAGCAAGUACGUUAACCAAGAGGGCGAGGACCGUUACGCCGCCGUAACGCAAUUCGAAUCGACGGACGCUCGCAGAUGUUUCCCGUGCUGGGAUGAGCCCGCGCUUAAGGCGACAUUUGACAUAUCGCUGAUAGUGCCGCCGAAGCUGGAGGCGCUGUCGAAUAUGCCGGUGAAGACUGUCGGGAACGUCGGCGAUUUGGUCCGUUACGAUUUCGAGAGGACGCCGAUUAUGUCCACGUAUCUUGUCGCGGCGGUGGUGGGCGAAUACGACUACGUGGAGGACCGUUCGGAUGACGGCGUCCUGGUGAGGGUGUACACGCCGCGCGGGAAGAAGGAGCAGGGGCUGUUCGCCCUUCAAGUCGCUACCAAAGUGUUACCGUACUACAAAGAAUACUUUAAUAUCGCUUAUCCGUUGCCAAAAAUUGAUUUGAUCGCCAUUGCCGAUUUUAGCGCCGGUGCUAUGGAGAAUUGGGGUCUCGUAACUUAUCGUGAAACGUGCCUUCUAGUCGACCCCGAAAAUACGUCGGCCGUACGGAAACAGUGGAUCGCUUUAGUCGUAGGUCACGAACUCGCCCAUCAGUGGUUCGGGAAUUUGGUCACCAUGGAGUGGUGGACGCACCUGUGGCUCAAUGAGGGAUACGCGUCCUUCGUCGAGUUCCUGUGCGUCAACCACCUUUUCCCUCAGUACGACAUUUGGACGCAGUUCGUUAACGACAUCUACAUAAGGGCGCUCGAGUUGGACUGCUUGAAGAACUCGCAUCCAAUUGAAGUUCCAGUAGGCCACCCCUCGGAAAUUGACGAAAUCUUCGACGACAUCAGCUACAACAAGGGCGCGUCUGUCAUCAGAAUGUUGCACCACUACAUCGGCGACGAAGACUUCCGUAAAGGCAUGAACUUGUACUUAACCAAACACCAGUACAAAAACACCUUCACCGAAGAUCUCUGGGAAGCCCUGGAGGAGGCCAGCAAAAAACCAGUGGGCGCGGUGAUGUCAACGUGGACCAAACAGAUGGGCUUUCCCGUCGUUAAAGUUACCUCGAAACCAUCAUCCGACGGAAAAGGCGCCGUCCUUUCGUUUACCCAGCAGAAAUUUUGCGCCGACGGCAGUCAACCCACCGAAAGCUACAUGUGGAUGAUUCCCAUCUCCGUUUCCACAUCCGCCAACCCCACAAAAGAAGUCCUUAACACCGUUCUACAAACCAAGCAAAUGGAAGUAUCCGUAGCCGACGUCGAUCCGCAGGGCUGGAUUAAGAUCAAUUCCGGCACGAUCGGCUUCUACCGCACCCAGUACCCGCCCGAAAUGCUAGAACGCCUAAUUCCCGCCAUUCACGACAAAUCGCUACCGCCGCUCGAUCGAUUGGGCCUACUCGACGACUUGUUCGCGAUGGUACAGGCCGGACAAUCGAGCACCGUCGAAGUAUUAAAAUUACUACAGGCGUACGUUGAUGAGACUGAUUAUACAGUGUGGUCGUCUGUUAGCAAUAUUUUGACCAAAUUAGGUGUACUUUUAUCGCACACGGACUGCGAGGAACAAUUCAAAAAGUUUGAAAAAAGUUUACUGUGCAAAGUAUCGCAGCGAUUAGGAUGGGAAGCUCUAAAAGGGGAACAGCAUUUGGAUACUCUUCUGCGCGGAUUGGUAUUAGGCCGUCUGGCGUGGUUAGACGACGCCAAGACCGUGGAGGAGGCGAAACGUCGCUUUGAAAAACACAUAGGAGGCGGACCGCAUCUCCCCGCCGAUCUCCGAAGCGCCUGCUACAAGGCGAUCCUGCGGGCGGGAAGUAAAGAUACCUACGACACCAUGCUGAAGCUCUACCGCUCGGCGGACCUGCACGAGGAAAAGGACCGCAUCAGUAGGGCGCUAGGAGCUACCAAAGACGAAGCUUUACUUGCCAAAGUUCUCGAUUUUGCCAUGUCGCAGGAGGUGCGUUCGCAAGAUACUGUGUUUGUAAUAAUGUCGGUCGCGAUGACCAGACCGGGAAGAAUACUGGCGUGGGACUUCCUCAAGAAACAAUGGCAGGAGCUCAUCGACCGCUACCAAGGGGGUUUCCUACUGACGCGCCUCGUCAAAUUUACAACUGAAAACUUUGCAAGCGAAGAGAUGGCCGUCGAAGUGGAAAACUUCUUCAACAACAACAAAGCACCUGGCGCCGAAAGAACAGUGCAGCAAGGUGUGGAAACUAUAAGACUUAACGCAGCUUGGCUUGCCAGAGAUGCCGACUCUAUUCGAAAGUAUCUCGAAUCAUAUAAUAAAUAAUAAUAAUAGGAUUGUUUACUUAAUUUUUUUGUUGUAUAAGUGUACCUCAGUAACUUAUGCCAGUGAUUGUACCUUUGAUUUUUUAUGUAUUAUAAUUUUCUUGUUGCAGGAUCAUGUUAAAGUAAUUUAUUGAUUGAUUAAUAAUUUAAUUGGUAAUAAAUGUUUUGUAGUACGGGAUGUCAA